AUGCUCGCUCUCGUUGCCAUCAUUUCUACCGCCCUCGCGCUUGCCUCCAGCGCUGCUGCGGACCUCAUCGCACCCGGCGUCGCCACCCACUUCUUCUCCACUCAGAACCCUUCGCUCCUGUUCGCGCCUUCAUCUGCUGUCGCCGGGGCCACCCUCCAGGCGGCGAACCCGGGCGACGGUUCCGCGAGCGACAUCACCGCGCUCACCCCCGUUAAGGGCUCGGGCACCCCGACCCAGAUCACUCUCGGCGACCUCUGCGUCAGCGCAAAUGGUGUAGAGCCCGGAACGGCGACGCAGGUGCUAAAGAUGGCGGACUGCGACUCCAACGACCCGAAGCAGCUCUGGAUCGUCUUGGGCCAGGUGUCGAACGCGGACGGGAACUGUGUUACCCUCGGGCGGGCUGCGAAAGGCGUUGAUAUCACGCUUUCGCCGUGCUCGGACGACCUGAAGAGCAAGCAGUCGUGGGAGCCGUUCCCGGCGAAGAUUGGAGCGUAG